AUGAAGGUGUUUCCAUGGAGAUGCCAGAGUACUCGGUGGGGCUCAUGGAGCAUCCUCAAGCUGUGUGUCUGGACAGUGCUCUGUUGUGACUUCCUGGCGCACCAUGGAACUCACUGUUGGACAUAUCACUAUUCUGAAAAAUCCAUGAACUGGGAAAAUGCUAGAAAGUUCUGCAAGGAAAACUACACAGAUUUAGUGGCCAUACAAAAUAAGAGAGAAAUUGAGUAUUUGGAGAAGACAUUGCCCAAAAACCCUACUUACUACUGGAUAGGAAUCCGGAAAAUUGGGAGCACAUGGACAUGGGUGGGAACCAACAAGCCUCUCACUAAAGAAGCAGAGAACUGGGGAGCUGGAGAGCCCAACAAUAAGAAGUCCAAAGAGGACUGUGUAGAGAUCUAUAUCAAGAGGGAAAAAGACUCUGGGAAAUGGAAUGACGAUGCCUGCCACAAGCGAAAGGCAGCUCUCUGCUACACAGUGGUCCAGUGUGAGCCAUUGAAGGCCCCAGAACUGGGUACCAUGGACUGCACUCACUCCUGGGGACACUUCAGCUUCCAAUCACAGUGUACUUUCAACUGUUCAGAGGGAACAGAGCUACUUGGGACUAGAGAAAGCCACUGUGGAUCUUAUGGAAACUGGACAUCCCUAGAGCCUGUCUGUCAAGUGACUCAGUGCCAGCCUCUCACAGCACCUGACCUGGGAACGAUGGAAUGCAGUCACCCCCUGGCCAACUUCAGCUACACUUCUGCCUGUACCUUCACCUGCUCAGCAGGAACUGACUUAAUUGGAGAGAGAAUAAGUGUCUGCGGGACAGCUGGCAUCUGGUCUAGUCCUCGUCCUCUAUGUCAAAAGACAGACAGAAGUUUCUCAAAGAUCAAGGAAGGCGACUAUAACCCCCUCUUCAUUCCGGUGGCUGUCACAGUUACUGCAUUCUCGGGGCUGGCAUUUAUCAUUUGGCUGGCAAGGAGGUUAAAAAGAGGCAAGAAAUCUCAGAAAAGGAUGGAUGAUCCAUACUAAUUCAUCCUCUAUGAAAGGAAAAGUCACAAGGUGCCCCCCCCCCAAAAGUUUGGAAACAACUUCAAAUCCUCCCUCAAAGAUUUUGCACACAGGCAUCACCCACAGUGAAGAUGAAAUGUUUGCUUCAGGGUAUCUGGAAGGAUUUCUACGUGAUUGACAGCUCCUCUAGCCUCCUCGCUGCUCACUCAGCUCCUUGACCCUAGCCUGCAAUUUUUGUUUAUAUAGCUCAGGAUUUUAUUACUUUUUCUGUGGAGAGAAAAAGGGUGGCUCUGGGGUAUGAAGAAGUCUGACCUCGCUCUUUCCUAAUUCCUGUUUCCUACUUCAGUUCAGUACUGGAUCUGAUACCAAACACUGGAUUUGAUACACAUGUAACUGAACCCGAUUCCUUGCACACAGUCCAUAAACUAUGAAGAAGAUGAUAAGAACCGUUGCUUUCCAGCUCCAAAGA